CUCUACUGCAUCAUCGCCCGCCAUGUCUUCUGCUUCGACACCAGACACUAACGACGAUCACGCAGACCAAACCUCGUACGCGUCGACCCUCCAGCAGCAGGAUCUGCAGCAACAGCAACAGCAACACGCAUCUCAGCAAUUUCAGCGCUUCCGGGCGUUCGACUCCUCGAAGCACGCACAGCCCGCCAGUGCCUGCCCCCACGGCAGCAAUGCCACUGCUGCGCCCAAAGUCGCCAUCCCCAAGAGCGGCAGCUUCUCGACCAAGCGUGAGGAAAGUCCAGGCGGCCCCAUCGUCGACACCGGCGAACCGAGCGAGAUGACGGCGAAGCGCAGUGGGCCCAUGUCGGCUAACAUCACCGUCCCGCCGCGACCACGCCCGGGCAGGAAGCCCAUCGCACAAGAAGACGCGCAAGAUCGUCGCCGUUUCCAAAACCGCUUAGCACAGCGACAGUUCCGUGACAAGCGCGCUCGCAAGAAUGUUGAGCUGGAAGAGACGCUUAAGGAGCAGAAGGCGGAUCGUCAGCGGGUGGAAGGAGAGUAUCGCAAUACGAUCGCCACGCUGCAGGCUCGAGACCAGGAGAAGGAGCAGCAGAUGCAGGAGAUGAAAGCAAAGACAGAGCGGCUGGAAAGGGAGCUCGAAGAGCUGCGAGAUGUACUCCACCGGAUGCGAUCCGAGCGUGACCAGGCCCGUAACUCCAGUGUUGGUUCGUUCCGAGAUGCCGCAGGCCAGCCCUUCUCGUCGCAGUCGUACGGCCCAGGAGCUGGUACUCCCAAUUCCUCGGAUUAUGAGGUCGACUUCACAAAUUACGGCCGGGCUAGUUCGAACUAUGCUCUUCAGCAUUUGUCCAGCAACGAAAGCAACGCAAUGGACUUUAGCCUCGACAACGAGGAUCCGUGCGGCUUCUGCACGGAUGACCAGAAUUGUGCAUGCAAGCAAGGACAGAAGCAGCACAAGGCGAAGCCCACUCCCAUUGAACCACGCAUUUCGACGUCGAUGCCGGGCAGCUGUGACAUGUGCCGAUCCGACCCCGAGCGUGCUCGUGCGUGUCGGGAGAUGGCGGCUGCUACGCGACCCGCGGGCAAGGACGGGGAAGCACGCACAGCAUCCACGCUUGAUGCGCAUCGUGGGAGUAGCAACAGCAGUACGACGAUGCCACCACCACCGCGUGUGUCGUGCUCGGCCAUGGUGGAUGAGUUCAACAAGUUUGGAGAACGUACAUCCAGCAUUAGCGGCUUGUUUGGUGGCAAAAGUUUGACUGCAUAUCCCGUCACGAAGGGGGGAUAUGAGUUUGAUGAGUCACAAGCGGCCGAGGUGCUGUCGACGCUGCACCGCCGUAGUGAGGGCGCACGCUCGGUGAGCUCGUAUGCGGAUUCACAGGCGAUGUGAUUUAUCGACGGACCAUGAAGACGAUGGGAUAAGUGCUGGCGUUUUUGGUGGGGAUGGCGUGGUGGGUUUUGCGGUAAUUGACGCGAGAGAGUACAAAGACAUUACUCAGGAGGGCUGAAAGCAAUUCUACCUUAUCACUCUGUGCUUGAGCAGUGAAAAGCGAAAGUGGAUAGUAGACGACUUUUGUAGAGGAGCGACGUCAAUUCUUUUUUAUGGAAUACAUGAACAGCACACACAGCGCCAGCGGCUUUUUCCAUCCUUUGUCUCUGCCCUUCCCUCGAUUGUUUUGAUAGAUGAAGAGAUCAUCAUCAUCAUCCAUAGACCAAUUCUUGUAAUCGUCUCUCAUCCAAAAUCUCCCCUUCGACCAAUCUUCCCACUUCCUUGACUUGUUUUGUUGUUGUUGCGGUAUUUUCUCCCACCAAUUCAUAUCGCACCAAAACCGGUACAUUGUGAAUAUUCCAUUGAGUACGGAAAACGUUGUGGGGAUUUUUCCAUCUGUUUUGUUUCCCCAAGAAAGAAGAAGAAGAAAAUGGUGAGAAAAAGAGGAAGAAACAACAGAAGAAAAAAGAGGAAAAAGAGAAGGAAAAUACGUACUCCGUUUUCUGACCUACUUCGAUAAAAGCUACUACUGGUGGUGUUGUAGUAGACUUUUUGCCUUCUUCUUUUUCUUCUUCUCCUUCUGCUCCCUGAGAUGUGGUGGUUUCUUGAAAAGUCGCUUCGAGAAUCGGUAAAGCGGCUCGGACAUCGGGACACCAGGGUUGAUUGGUGAGUGGGUCUUUGGAAGCGAGAAAGGCGAUGAAGAAGUU